AUGUCUAUAAACGAAGUGCAUUUGAGCGAAGUUCAAAACUUUUUGGUAGAUAAUGGGCCCCUACCUAUUUACAGGACUCAUUACGAAGUAAAAGCGGGCGCGACAUGGAUGUUUUGGAGAAAACGAAGAUACGUCAUGGCACUGCUGGCCUUUUGGGGAUUUUUCGUAUCAUACGUCCUCCGCGUGAACCUGAGCGUCGCCAUCGUCAAGAUAUUGGCGAAUCAUACAAUCGUCGAUGAUAACGGAACCGUCAGUUAUUACCAAGAAUUCGACUGGGACUCGAGGCUUCAGGGUCACGUCCUCAGCUCGUUCUUCUACGGUUACAUAUGCACACCAUUGUUGGGCGGCUGGUUAGCCGCGCGAAUUGGUGGAAAACACGUCUUUGGUAUUGGCAUCGUCGCCACUUCUUUCUUCACUGUGUUGACACCCCCUGUGACUCGGUACAGUGUUUAUCUACUCAUGGCCGUUCGAGUCAUCGAGGGCCUUUUCGAGGUGAGUUUAAUUGAAUCGAGUAUAGAUUUCAUGAAUAAUCCCAAAACAAAAUUUAAGAUCGUACUUUAUGAAUCUCAUAAACAGGGUGUGACGUACCCAGCGAUCAACGCACUAGUGGCCAACUGGGCUCCACCUCUGGAACGUUCGCGGUUGGCCACAAUCACGUUCGCGGGUAGUUUUGUAGGGACUGUAGUUGCAAUGCCAGUUUGUGGACUCAUGGCUGAGAGGCUAGGUUGGCCCAGUCUAUUCUACGUCUUUGGAUCCACAGGCUUCUUAUGGUACUUGAUCUGGUGUUUUCUUAUAAGAGAUCGUCCAGAGGAAGAUCCCUGGAUUAACAAGGCUGAGCUAAAAUACAUCCGGGACAGUCUUAGAUCAUCGGAAUGCGAGCGAUCCAAACACAUAAGUCACCCAUGGCGUCAGAUGCUGCUGUCACCCGUGGUCUGGGCUAUCAUCACUGCCCACUUCAGCGAGAACUGGGGCUUCUACACCAUGAUUACCCAGUUGCCGACCUUCAUGAACGGUAAUUCAAUGAUUACGAAGCAAAACAUAACCUUAAUAUCCCUCCAUUGUUCGUGUGUUUAUUCGAAAGGUGGUCUGGACUUCACAUUGGAAACAGCUGGUUUUUUGUCCGCGUUACCGUACCUACUUGUAUCUCUAGUAAUGCUGGUGUCUGGUCAGUUAGCUGAUUGGUUACAAAGUCGGGGAACAUUUACCACGACUCAGGUGCGCAAACUCUUCAACUGUGGUGCUUUCGUUGCCCAGACGAUUUUCCUGGCAGCUACAGCCUAUUACAUGACACCCGUAAUUGCGAUAAGUUGUAUCACUGCUGCCAUCGCACUUGGAGGCUUUUCCUGGUCUGGGUUCAGUGUCAAUUACUUGGACAUCGCCCCAAAGCACGCGAGUGUACUCUGGGGUAUGGGAAACACGGUGGGAACGCUCCCUGGGAUUAUCAGUCCUGUUGUUACGGGUUACCUAGUCCCGAAUAAGACUCCUGACGAAUGGCGUAUCGUCUUCAUAAUCGCCAGUGUCAUUUACUUCGUUGGUGCACUUAUUUACGGAAUCUUUACAUCUGGUGAAGAACAGCAUUGGGCCAAAGUCAAAGACGAAAAAUCGAAUAGAAAUAAUCAAGCUCUUUAACUGAAAAGCCUAUGACAUGAUGAUUUUUGCGUUACAUCUGUAAGUUGUGUCAAGACUUUGAGCUGUGAACUAUCGAGUCUAAAUAGAAUGUUGAUUAUUUAUAACUAUUAAUUCAAUCGAGCAUUAAUAACGAAAUAGGGAAUCCUAAAAAUGUUUGUCAUAACGUAUAUACUUUGUAAUUAUACUGUGAGCUUAUUGCAGCUUUAUCGACUUUAGUAUAAUUAGGUCAGAUCUGGCGUCCAUUCCACUAAUUUAAAUGCGAAACUCAACACACCCGAUACUUAUGUGCAUACGUCCUGUAGGUGUGACAUAAUAGGCGAUAAUUUAAACUUUAUGAGUUGAUAAGAAUGAUAGGCGUCUAUACUUGACUAUGUAAUUCUAAUCGAAUAGACCAUCAUGUAACAUCGAGAACUGAUAAAUGGAGACUUCCAUUAUAUUUUCAAUUUUACUUGACUUUGAUGCAUGAUUUGAUAAUUGUACAAAUAAUUAAUUUUUACACCUUCAGAAGAGAAGAGAAUAUCAAUAAAGGCUACACGCCGAACGCUCUUCCAAGCGUGAGUGACAUUUACUAACAAAAAA